UACCACAUAAUGGUUUGAUUCCUCUUGUACUUUCAAUGUUUUCAACAAUUAAUUGCUAACUUGUGAUUUUCUUGUAUCUACGUACAUAUUUGAUAAGUGACAGUUAGCCGUGCAUAUUUUGAAAUGAUUUCACUGCUCACUCUUCUUUUAACUACACUCCCCAUUUAUUUGGUGUAUUCAAGUAUAGUGGGAUUGCAGAAAAAUAUCACAGCUGCUAGACGCUCGGGUUUGCCAUAUGUCAUAAGCCGUGAGUCAGAUCAGCCUUUCCUGGUUUUCAUUUUCUAAUCAUUUCCAGCGAUUAAUCUUUAUAACCCAAUCUGGUUGAUAACUCAUCCUAUAUGGCUACCAUUCAUUAAAAUACUGCCAAAGUCAUGGACACAAAGCUGGGUUGAGUGAGUGAUGAUAAGGGUUACUGUCGAAUGUGUUCUAACUAGGUUUAGUUAUACGACACCAGACUGGUGCUGGCAGUUGCUUUAUGAUCCAUUUGCUAAAACGGGGGACACUUUUCUGGUCGUUUCUCCUGGAUCGGUUCUCGUAUUUGUUUCAAAUGCAGAAGCAAUUCAUCAGAUCACAAGUCGUAGAGAUGCCUUCCCCAAACCUCUCAAAUCAUACCGUAUCCUCGAGAUUUUUGGUCGGAAUAUUAUAACAACCGAAGGAAUUGAAUGGAAAGAGCACAGAAAGAUCUCUGCACCCAGUUUUACGGAAAAGAAUAAUACGCUGGUGUUUGCCGAAUCUUGUAUACAAGCACAGGGGAUGUUGAGAAAAUGGCUGGGCCCUGACGGAAAAGGAGAUUUGACUUUGAAAGAAGUGCCAACCGAUACAAUGCGAAUCACCUUGCAUAUAAUAAGUAAGAUUGGAUUUGGAGUCCGUUUAUUAUGGCCAGGGGAAAAACCGAAGACCAAGGAACAAGAAUCUGUUUACAGCAGCAAUGAAGCACCUGAAGGUCAUACCAUGAGCUUCGAGAGAUCUUUGAGUACACUUUUAGAGACUUUAAUCUGGAUUCUUUUUCUUCCAAAAUGGCUUCUGAGUAAGUACAGGGAACGGUCUGAUGUUUAUCAUUACUAACUUUUUUAGAAUUGAUGCCUUUCCAUUCCGCUCAAAAGGCAUUGGAAUCUUUCGAUAAUUGGGGUCAAUACAUGAAUGAAUUAUUUGCCCAGAAGGCUCAAGAGGCUACAGAAGGCAAAGAAAGCGAGGGUAUGGAUAUUAUGGGCUCUUUAGUGAGGAGUUCAUAUGGGCCCACGAGUGUCCAAGUGGCCUCUAAAACAUCACCCAGCCGAGUUGAAAAAGAUCAAGCUAAACGAGUCGCCCUUUCAGAUUCCGAAAUCCUCGGUAAUGCGUUCGUCAUGAUUGUCGCUGGCCAUGAGACGACCGCAAACUCAAUUCAUUUCUCCCUUAUGGAAUUGGCCAUCAACCCUAGAUUUCAACUGCAAAUACAAGAAGAGGUUCAGAAAAUAUUUGGCGAUAGUCCCCCUGAGACUUGGGAUUAUGAUAAAAAUAUAAACCUCCUCUUGGGCGGUACGCUCGGAGCCACGCUCAAUGAACAACUCCGACUCAUGCCUCCUGUAGUCAAUAUUCCUAAAUCAGUUGGUCAAGGCCAUGAUCAAACAAUCUUUAUUGAUGGAAAGAAGAUAACCCUUCCCGCUGGAGCUAAUAUCAAUCUCAAUGCUGUUGGUCUCCAUCGAAAUCCUAGAUAUUGGCCGAACGAGCCCUCGAAGAUCACAUCGAGAGACGAUGAUCUCAAUGAUUUCAAGCCUGAAAGAUGGUUUACUAAGCAAGUAGGAAAAGACGACAACGCAGCUGAAUCUUCUGAGGAGGAUGAUUUUGGUAGCUUUACAGGGAAUAACACAUCCGCAUCGUUAUUCCGCCCAGCAAGAGGUUCAUAUAUUCCAUUCUCUGAUGGCGCGCGAUCUUGCUUAGGACGAAGAUUGGCUCAGGUCAAAAUUAUGGCUGUACUUGCUGUAAUCUUCCAAAAGCACUCGAUAGAGCUUGCUGUUGAUGAAUGGGCUACAGAUGAAGAAGUUUUGACAAUGUCCAUCGACGAGAAAAAAGAAUUGUAUAGUAAGGCGCAAAGGAAAGCAAGAGAGACGAUUAGAGGGGCUACGUCAGUCAUCACUCUGAAGCUUCACCCAGGUUUCAUUCCGGUGCGAUUAAUGAAGAAAGGAGAGGAGCGCUUUGUAAAUGUUGUGGAUUAGUGCUUUAUUUUUAAUACCAGACUGCUUGAUGGUCAUUGUUUGAGACGACGAUCAAGGAUGCAAAUAAAAACAUCUCAAUGUCAUGUACACAACCUUUGUGCAGUACAAAGAUUGUGUUAAAACGUCAUCUUUUUAUCAUUAAUUACCAUAUGGCAUCCAUUUCAUUGUACCGUAGG